AGUCUAUAUAUAGAGCUCACCCAACUCAUGUUUCCGCAAUAUCUCUCCCAUUUUUUCUUCUUCGGUGAGAAUACCAUCACUCCAAGAGUGAAGAUUUCAUUUUUUCGAAAGACAACAGAUUCAUUCUUUAGUGGUUUAUUUAUAUUCUUUUGACUUGAACGGUUCAAGUUCCGGCGACUAUUGAGUUCAGUCGGUUUUCUAUAUUGGGUGGCAAAGAUUUUGGUUGUAGUUAACAACCCAGUUUCUGAAGUUUUGAGAUUUGGAGUGAGCUGAUCGGUUUUCGGGUUGUUAAAAAAUGGCGGCGGCAUUGGCCGGAGAAGACUUAAUGAGGCAGUCGAGCAGCAGAAGCAGCCGGAGCAGCUGGCGGUCGUCGAGUGUCCGGGAAAUGUGGAACGCGCCGGACGUGUUCCAGCGGAGCGGGCGGCAGCAGACGGUGGAUGAGGAGGAGGAGCUCAAGUGGGCCGCCAUCGAGCGGUUGCCGACUUAUGAUAGGAUGAGGAGAGGCAUGUUGCGGAAUGUUAUGAGCAAUGGGAGGGUUGUAAAUGAAGAAGUUGAUGUUGCGAAUCUUGGGGAUCAAGAUAAGAGGCAGUUGAUGGAGAGCAUACUCAAGGUUGUUGAGGAUGAUAAUGAGAGGUUCUUGCAGAGACUCAGAGCCAGAAAUGACAGAGUUGGGAUUGAUAUUCCUAGAGUUGAAGUUAGAUACGAGAACAUAUCUAUUGAGGGAGAUGCGUUCGUAGGAACCAGAGCACUUCCAACGCUGUGGAAUUCCACCUUAAACGCACUAGAGGCUUUAAUUGGAUUGGUUGGACUCUCACCGUCGAAGAAAAGAGUUGUCAAGAUACUUCAAGAUGUGAGCGGUAUUGUGAAACCAUCGAGGAUGACACUACUUCUUGGACCUCCUGCAUCCGGAAAAACAACACUGCUAAAAGCACUUGCUGGCAAACUUGAUAAAGAUCUAAGGGUAAAUGGGAAAGUAACCUACUGUGGCCAUGAAUUUAAGGAAUUUGUUCCUCAGAGGACCUCUGCUUACAUUAGUCAGCAUGAUCUGCACUAUGGUGAGAUGACAGUUCGUGAAACAUUGGACUUCUCCGGACGUUGCCUUGGAGUUGGAACCAGGUACGAUAUGCUGUUAGAGUUGUCCAGAAGGGAGAAAGAUUCGGGUAUCAAACCAGAUGCUGAGAUUGAUGCAUUCAUGAAAGCCACAUCCAUGUCAGGCCAGGAAACUAGUUUGAUCACAGAUUACGUUCUCAAGAUACUUGGGUUAGAUAUCUGUGCUGAUAUAAUGGUGGGAGAUGACAUGAGGAGAGGAAUAUCUGGUGGACAGAAGAAACGUGUAACUACCGGAGAAAUGUUGGUUGGACCAGCGAAAGCAUUUUUCAUGGACGAAAUAUCAACGGGGCUGGACAGUUCCACGACCUUCCAGAUUGUCAAAUUCAUGAGGCAGAUGGUUCAUAUUAUGGAUGUGACAAUGGUCAUCUCUCUCUUGCAGCCUGCACCUGAGACAUAUGACCUUUUCGAUGACAUUAUCCUUCUCUCUGAGGGACAGAUUGUCUACCAAGGCCCCCGUGAGAAUGUUCUUGAAUUCUUUGAGUACAUGGGAUUCAAAUGCCCAGACAGAAAAGGUGUUGCAGAUUUUUUGCAAGAAGUGACCUCAAAGAAGGACCAAGAACAGUACUGGUUUAAGAAGAACCAACCUUACAGAUAUGUUUCAGUACCUGAUUUUGCACGAGCUUUCACCUCUUUCCAUGUUGGCCAAUGGCUCGUUGAAGAACUAAGAGUUCCGUAUGACAAAAGAACUGCCCAUCCGGCUGCCUUGGUGAAGGAAAAGUAUGGAAUAUCCAAUAUGGAGCUCUUUAAGGCAUGCUUUGCAAGGGAAUGGCUGCUGAUGAAGCGAAACUCUUUUGUGUACAUCUUCAAGACUACUCAGAUUACAAUCAUGGCUACCAUUGCAUUGACGGUAUUCUUAAGAACUGAAAUGAAAGCUGGGUCAGAAGCUGAUUCAGCAAAAUUUUGGGGGGCACUGUUUUUCAGUCUCAUCAAUGUCAUGUUUAAUGGAAUGGCAGAACUUGCAAUGACAGUAUUCAGGCUUCCUGUGUACUUUAAACAAAGGGAUGCCUUGUUCUACCCUGGCUGGGCUUUUGGAUUGCCUAUUUGGCUAACCAGAAUUCCAAUUUCAUUGAUGGAAUCUGCAAUCUGGAUCAUCUUUACAUACUACACCAUUGGAUUUGCACCUGCUGCCAGUCGGUUUUUCAAGCAGUUCUUGGCUUUCUUUGGUAUACAUCAGAUGGCACUUUCCCUUUUCCGUUUUAUUGCAGCACUUGGAAGAACAGAGGUUGUUGCAAACACCAUUGGUUCAUUUACAUUGCUAAUGGUGUUCGUCCUUGGAGGUUUUAUUGUUGCUAAAGAUGACAUUGAGUCAUGGAUGAUAUGGGGCUACUAUAUUUCACCUAUGAUGUAUGGCCAAAACGCCAUUGCUAUCAAUGAAUUUCUGGAUAAAAGAUGGAGCGCUCCUCUCGUCAAUCAAAGUGAACCCACAGUCGGGAAGCUACUUCUCAAGCAAAGAGGCCUUUAUACUGAAGAAUAUUGGUAUUGGAUUUGUAUUGGAGCGCUUUUUGGCUUCUCUCUUCUCUUCAAUGUUCUUUUCAUCGCAGCACUGACCUUCUUGAAUCCUCUUGGGGAUACUAAAACUCUAAUUGAAACUGAUGACUCGCAAAGCAAUAAGAAGCGACGAUCCAAUCCAGAAGGUACUGAUAUGCAAGUGAGAAAUGGUCCAGCCAAAAAAGGAAUGGUUUUGCCAUUCCAGCCCUUGUCACUUGCUUUUAACCAUGUGAACUACUACGUGGAUAUGCCUGCUGAAAUGAAGACUCAAGGGGUUGAAGAGACCAGACUACAACUCCUACGUGAUAUUAGUGGUGCAUUUAGGCCAGGUGUUUUGACUGCAUUGGUUGGUGUCAGUGGUGCCGGAAAGACUACCCUAAUGGAUGUGUUAGCUGGAAGAAAGACAGGCGGGUACAUUGAAGGAAGUAUUACAAUCUCUGGUUACCCAAAGAAUCAAGCCACAUUUGCUAGGGUCAGCGGUUACUGUGAACAAAAUGACAUUCAUUCACCAUAUGUUACUGUUUAUGAAUCUCUCCUAUACUCAGCCUGGCUGCGUCUUUCUAAAGAUGUCAAGAAAGGAACACGGAAGAUGUUUGUCGAUGAGGUUAUGGACUUGGUUGAGCUCAAUCCUUUGAGGAAUGCUUUAGUUGGACUUCCAGGAGUUGAUGGGCUCUCAACUGAGCAAAGAAAGAGGCUCACCAUUGCUGUGGAAUUGGUUGCAAAUCCUUCCAUCAUCUUUAUGGAUGAGCCAACCUCAGGUCUUGAUGCUAGAGCAGCCGCAAUUGUUAUGCGUACUGUAAGAAACACAGUUGAUACAGGACGAACCGUUGUUUGCACAAUUCACCAACCUAGCAUUGACAUUUUUGAAGCUUUUGAUGAGCUUUUCUUAAUGAAAAGAGGAGGACAAGUGACUUAUGCUGGGCCUCUAGGUCGCCAAUCUCACAAGCUUGUUGAAUAUUUUGAGGCUAUUCCAGGGGUUCCCAAGAUCAAAGAGGGUUACAAUCCUGCUACAUGGAUGUUGGAGGUCAGCUCUGCUGCGGUUGAGACCCAAUUAAACAUCGACUUCGCAGAGAUAUAUGCAAACUCAGAACUCUACAAGAGAAAUCAGGACCUUAUCAAGGAACUAAGCACGCCUCAACCAGGGACCAAGGACCUUUACUUCCCCACCCAGUACUCCCAAACCUUUUUAACUCAGUGCAAGGCUUGCUUCUGGAAACAGCACUGGUCAUACUGGAGGAACUCACGGUACAACGCCAUUAGGUUUUUCAUGACGGUUUGCAUUGGCAUAUUAUUCGGUGUGAUCUUCUGGAGCAAAGGAGACCAAAUAAACAAACAACAAGACCUGAUCAAUCUUUUGGGAGCUACCUAUGCUGCUGUUCUUUUCCUCGGAGCUAGCAAUGCCUCUGCCGUGCAAUCUGUAGUGGCAGUUGAGCGAACAGUUUUCUACCGUGAAAGAGCUGCAGGAAUGUACUCAGAGUUGCCUUAUGCAUUUGCUCAGGUGGCUAUUGAGACGAUUUACGUUGCAAUCCAAACCUUUGUGUAUUCCUGUCUUCUGUAUUCUAUGAUCGGGUACAACUGGAAGGUGGAGAAAUUUUUGUACUUCUACUACUUCAUUUUCAUGUGCUUUACCUACUUCUCAAUGUACGGGAUGAUGGUGGUUGCCCUAACUCCUGGCCAUCAAAUUGCUGCAAUUGUCAUGUCUUUCUUCAUGAGCUUCUGGAACUUGUUCUCUGGUUUCCUCAUCCCUAGACCGCUUAUCCCCAUCUGGUGGAGGUGGUAUUACUGGGGUUCUCCAGUUGCUUGGACCAUCUAUGGCAUCUUCGGAUCUCAAGUUGGUGACUUGAAGAAGGAGAUCGACUUGCCUACCGGAGGAAAACAAGCAGUGAAUGUUUUCCUCAAGGAGUAUUUGGGUUAUGACUAUGACUUCCUCAUUCCUGUAGUGGUUGCUCAUGUUGGUUGGGUCCUCCUCUUCUUCUUUGUCUUUGCCUACGGUAUCAAGUACCUUAACUUCCAAAGGAGAUAAACAACUUCAUUGUGCAGAAGUGAAACUUCAGAAUGUAAAAUAUAGCUAGUUGAGUCUACGACAUUAUAGGGCAGUCAGUCUGAUGUAAAAUAUAGCUAGUUGAGUCUACGACAUUAUAGGGCAGUCAGUCUGAACGAGAGAACAAAAAAUUAUAUCUCUCAUUUUGUGUUUCUAGUUUUGUUCUUAAUCUUCUUGUAUGUAAUUUUGAUUGCCUUCAUCUGUGUAAAAUUAUUUGUUCUUGAAAUAUACUACAAUGAAAGCUUCACAUUGUUUUUGAUAAA